AUGUUUCAAGACAAACUUCAACCACUCCCCCGCCUUCCGCGCCAGGACGAGAUUUUAACCAUUGCUCAGUGCCACGUGUCUGAGCACCGCAAGGUCAUUGCCGACAACACGACAUCCGUGUCCAUAUCCUCAGCUUGCUUUGAUAAUGUGCUUGGCCCUAUAGCUGAGAUUGAAAAUAGGCAGUCGGGGGAACGAGCGGUCAUAUUAGCAUUGCGAUACACCGCAGUUGACAUAGUCACCCAAGAGGUCGUCGAAGAAGCCGAGAGAAUGUGGUUGAAGUAUUCUGCUGAGGUUGACCAGAAUUUGACGCUGUUCAAACUUCUCCACGCUAUUCAAAAGAAACACGAGUCCUUAGAUUCAGAAUCUCAGAAACUACUAGAUCGAUUCUUAAUGCAAUAUACGGAAUGCGGACAUGGGUCGCUUGAUAGCAGGAGCAUUCAAGAGUGGCAAGAUAACCGCCAGAUAAUUGAGGCGUUAUGCGCUGAUUUUAACCGAAAUGUUCGACAACUUAAUAGUAACGCUAUUAGCAUUCAUUUCACCCAAGAAGAACUCGAUGGAGUCCCAACUCACGACCUAGAGGAGUACCCUCUAAGCGAUGGCGUGCGGCGUAUACCACUACAAUGGCGGCCCUAUGUCUCCAUCCUCCGGCAUGCGCAUAACUUGCAAACACGGAAACGCAUUCAGCUUGCUUGGGGGCAGAGAUUACCUCAAAACGUCCAACUGUUUAGGCGAAUUAUUUCACUGCGGCACAAAAACGCACGGCUCCGUGGCUACAAGACUCAUGCUGCCUCCCGGUUGCCAUAUCGCAUGGCCAUGUCAAUUGACUGGGUGGAGAAUCUCCUCGAGGACUUGAGUAAAGCGCUGAUUGAAGUAGGGAAAAGGAAUUUCGCCCAAUUACAGCAGAAGAAAAACGAGGUCAUUACAAAAGACAAAGACACAUCACAGAAUGCCAAGAUAGAAGCAUGGGACGUGCCUUACUAUAAUCGCCUGAUAGAUAACAAAGCCACGGUGGACCAAGACAAGGUCAUGGAGUACUUCCCACUUACACAGACAUUCAAGUCAAUACUUGACCUAUUUUCAACAUAUUUACAGCUUCGGUUUGAGCAACUGCCGGCCGAGACAGUAGCCGGACAUAUCUGGGCUCCUGAAGUCCAAGUCUGGAGCGUCUGGGACAAACGACCUGGUACUAAAAACGAUUUCAUUGGAUAUUUAUACAUAGAUAUCCUUGGCCGUACCAACAAGUAUAAGGGUAACCAAGCAGUCAAUCUUCAACCAGUGAGGUUACCAUUUUUCUUCUAUCCCUAG